UGCGAGGCCCCGACGAGAGGGCGGGAGCAGCGAUAGCGACGAGAACGUUUGCUCCGGGUUGUGCGGCCGUUUCAGCCCUCGCACGGACAGCGGCCCUCCCUCCCCAGCCGUUAAGCCCCGCGCUGUGGGCGCAGCGAUGCUGGUGCUGGUGCUGUGCGCCGCCGUGCUUGCGGGCGGCCGGGCCCAGGACGACGACUGGAUCGACCCCACCGAUAUGCUCAACUACGACGCGGCAUCGGUAACGAUGAGAAGGCCUUACAAGGUAAACUAUCAUGAUUCUGAGGAUAAGACAGUGGAUGGAAUCAUCACUGAAAACUUAUCAAGUUGUUCCAGGGAAGUGGAUUCUUUGCAGCGGAAGAUUGCAGAAUGCGAGAACAGGAAUGCCAAAUCUCGUGAAAGCCGGAGCUUUUAUAUUUUUAAGCGGUACUUGAAUAAGAUUUUAAAUGAAGCCAGAAAACUUGGCCUUCCCGAGGGAAACACGGACCGAGUGCAUUAUGAUGCUGAGAUUAUCCUUACCAAACAGACACAUCUGGAGAUCCUCCGGUUCCUGCAGGAGGAAGUGUGGCAGUCAGGUGCUGUGGAUGAUGCGCUUAGCAAUAUUUUGAUCAAUUUUAAGCACCACGAUUAUAAAGCUUGGCACUGGAGAUUUGAAGACACCUUUGGAAUUGAUCUGUAUAAUGUGUUUUUGAUACUCUUGUGCUUAGUGUGUGUUGUGAUUAUAAUAGCUACAGAGCUGUGGACACGUAUCCAUUGGUUUGUUCAGCUGAAACGUGUUUUAUUAAUAAGUUUUCUCAUCAGUUUUGCAUGGAAUUGGCUUUACUUAUAUAAGCGGGCUUUUGCACAGCAUCAAGCAGAAAUUGCCAAAAUGGGGCAGUUUGAUAACAUUUGUGCUGAGAAAUUGGACUGGAGAGAGAGCCUUAUUGGAUGGCUCAGAAGACAGUGGACAUUUCAGGACGAUCCAUGUCAGAAGUACUAUGAAACUCUGCUAGUAAACCCUGUUUUGCUGGUUCCACCAACAAAGGCAUUAGCUAUUACUUUUACCACCUUUGUGACUGAGCCUUUGAAGCAUGUGGGACAAGGUAUUGGUGAAUUCAUCAGGGCGCUUAUGAAGGAGAUACCACUGAUUCUGCAGGUUCCAGUGCUAAUCAUGAUGGCUCUGGUCAUUCUGACUUUCUGCUAUGGUGCAGCAUCAUCAGUGUCUGCAAUAAGAUAUUUAAUGCCUUCUCAGAAGAAGAGGCUUCCUCUACCUGACGGUCAACGGGGGGAAAUAGACUUCGGCCAGUAUGAUGGGAGUAAAUCCGAUGGCUGCUAUUCACAGAAGACUCCUAGCAUUUACAGAGGCCACUAUGACAGAGGAGAUGUUCAGAUGAGACCUGGAAAUAGCAGCAGCAAUCUUGAUGUGCUGCAUGCAAGUGGAGAGCCAGAUACGCGAGUAGAGGAGUCUCAAAAACCAGAAGAUGGUAAUAGAUUGCACACUGAGGCUGAAAUUUGUAGUCUAGAACCUUCUCCAGCUGCAACCCAUACCGGAGAAAAGGCACUUGAGCAUCAGAAGCAGUGGACAGAAAAAGCAGAGCAAGAGACUGUGAAAAAUAGUGAUCCUAACAGAAAUGUGGAAGGACAAAGUUCUGCAGUGGGACCUGCUGAAGAGAGGAAGAGCAGUACGUGCGAGUCACAGGAAGGAGACUGAGGAGUCCCCACACUCUGUGUUGGAGUAGAGGACGUUGCUACUGAAGCAGCUGAGAAUCUGUUCUUCUCCUGGAAGUGGCAUCUCUGAUCAUCCAUCCUGUUACUCUGGAAUCGGCUCAGCAGAUCAAAGAACCCUUCGUCUGCCACUGUUUCUCGACUGUUUCUCUGAAGAGGAGAGAAAAGUUAGAGGUACUUGGAACUCAGAAGUACCUAAAAACUAGGGCAACUGUGGGGCAGUUUGAUUCCAGUAGUAUAUUUGCAUAUCUGAAAUUCAUUAAACUAAUUUUUUUUAGUCAUCCAUUCUUGUAGACAGAGAUUUAUCCAAAGAAGCAACAUUUAUAAUAUGGCAAACAGUUCUGGAAGGUAAAAUCUAGUAAAGAGAUUUUGUUCUCAGGAGGAAAUGGUACUCUCUUUAAUCAACUUCAUGAAUAGUGAAGUAGUCUAAAAUAUUUAAGGUAUAUUUAAUUAUACCUGCAGUGUCUGAAUCCAAAAAACUACGUUUUUCAAAUUAGGAAAAGGAGAGUCGAGGAGAAAGGCUAGAAAUAAAAUACAUGUAAGCUGACCUGUAAUUUUAGUCAAUCCAUUAGGAAAAUGAAGUAGUUCCAAUAGUAGGAGAGACUUACAGCUGUCACCACCCAAGAGACAGAAGAAGAAUGGCUGAUUCUACAUCAACUUACAGCGUUUCACUCAAAUAUAUAAGUAGAACUAAAAAUGUUAUCUGCACAAACAAGUUUUCCAUAGUUUUGGUCAAAUCAAGAUUAUAUGAAGUCAAGGUUAUGAUCUGAGAGGACUCCAAACCUACCCUCUGAGAGUUGGGAAGGCGGUGAUCAAUAGAAUUACUGGCAUCCUGCAGAACUUUGGAAGCGGUGCUGUUUUUAUACUUUUUACCUUUGAGUCGAUUUACAAAAUGCAGUUUUGCUGAAGGUUUGGCAAUGAGUGGUUUCUGUUUAGCAAGAAUCUCACUGUUCCAGUUCUGAACCUAAAAAAAACAACAACAAAACAUUUUCAUCAUAUAUUCUUUUAUUUCUUAUUUGUCUAUUCUUUUCAUCCCCAAAAUGAAGCAGCUUUAUGCUUUUCAUUUUAUCCAACCACUCAGACAUAAACCUUAGUUUUGCUUCUGUUACUUGACCUAUGAUUAUUGAGAUCUUGUUACCUGCAUCAGGCCACUACUGCUACUGAUCAGUCUUAUAACUGAACCAUCAUGCAACAACUGAUUUGACUAAAAUGUGCUUGUGGCCUGUGUAAUCAAACACGCUGAUGUUUUCAUUGCUAAGGGCCACGCAGAAACUGUAGGUUCCCCUAAAUACUCUUCUACAGUAAGUGCCCCAUAAAUCUGAUAACCUCCUCUAUAAUAGCAAACUGUUCUAAUUGGGGGAAAAAAAAAAAAGUUCUUGACCCUGCAUCAGAGCUUGUAGCCACGAUCCAGUCUUUCAGCAAAACGGAAUUCAUUCUAAAGCCUUAGAGAUUAACCUGCGUUCCAGCUCCAAGAUGACAGUAUCCUGUACAAUCAAAUAAUGCUAGUGUCCAUCAUGUUGUUCUACACAUCAAAGACACUUAGGGAAUAAACUUCAGAACCUACUACAUGAAUGUCUUGAAAAGAGCCUUUUAUAAGAACUAAGCCACAAAACUAGGUUAAUACUUGAUUAUAAAAAUCCACAUGAAGCAUUUGAGUAUAUUUAGGGCAGACAAUCACAGGCUACGUCUUUUAAAAGAUACCACAGACCAAUGGGUUCAGAGAAUAAGAAAAUGCAGCUGAUACUGCCAAAAGCUUAGUGGUUCCCUGCAGGGAAAUCCAUUUGCAAUAAAACCCAGGAUCUUUAGAAAUCAGUAUCCAAAGCGAUGCUCAAAGCAACAGUGCUGCUGCAUCUGCACCAGUUGUCACCAUGUAAGCUUAGAGAUUUCAUUUUGUAUUUCUAAACAUGGCAGUAUGCUUUGGAUCACUUGAAAAGAUGGGCAGCAGAUACCCCAAUAUGCAGGAAAGAAAUAGCAAUUUCAGCUUACCUUUAGAAUCAUUUAUGUAGAAUUGCCAGUUCAUACUUAAAUUCCAAAGAGACUUCUUCUUGAAGACUGAGCUAAAGCUUUGGAGUUCUGUUCUGAAUCACUUUCUGCAUUCUGUUCUGAAUCAUUUCUAACAUUAAACUCUUAUAAAAACCUUUAGAUUUCAUUGCAAUCUCACCAGCAGAGCAAAAAAAAAAAA